AACGUCGGUCAUAGAGGGAACUUCCGGCUCGGCAUCGAUUGACAGGUACGAGGAGCACAAAAAGGAUCAAGCAGCAGACAUUGAAAGAAUUAAAGAAAAACAACAUAAAACACGAAUAAACGGAACAAUAAUAUAAACAAAAUACUCCACAAUAUAAUUGAUUUCAUCCAUUGGGUUUUAAACUAGACAUUAUAAUAAUUCACAAGUGUUAAUUAUAGACGCCAUUUUUUAAAAAUGGAGUCGGCUUCAGGCUGUCGAAGCGUCGACGCUACCGUGAAAAACGUGUGUGAAAACCUUUUUUUUCCAUGAAUAAUUGAUCGAUCGCGUCACAAUCUCCCUUGUUAAGACAUGUCGGAAAAGUGUUAGGUGUGGAAAAAAACUGAUUUGUUGCACAAGUUGAAUGUACGCUUAACGUUUUGACCGGUAUCACGCGCUCUAGACUAGUGCGGUGUCUAGAUGAGUGAAUUGACGAGCUUGAAGGGGUUAGGAUUUUGAAGUGUGUGUAAAAAAACGAAUCCUUGUUGAGAUUUCUGUACAUUUCAUUGGACCAGCGAUUAAAACUUGAACAUUAUUUUAUAUCUGAACCGUCAUAGUUCUAUAGGAACUAAAUAUAGAAAUGGCUUUACACAGUGUGCCGCCGAAGCGCAAAGAAAUUUACAAGUAUGAGGCACCAUGGCCUCUUUACAGCAUGAAUUGGUCAGUGCGACCGGACAAACGAUUUCGACUGGCCCUUGGCAGUUUUGUGGAAGAAUAUAAUAACAAAGUUCAGAUAGUUUCCUUAGAUGAAGAGACUUCGGAAUUCAGUGCCAAAAGCACCUUUGAUCAUCCCUAUCCAACUACCAAAAUUAUGUGGAUUCCAGAUAGCAAAGGUUUGUUUCCAGAUUUGCUGGCGACGUCAGGCGAUUAUUUGCGAGUAUGGAGAGCAGCUGAGCCAGAUACGCGUCUAGAAUGUGUGUUAAACAAUAACAAAAAUUCAGAUUUUUGUGCGCCCCUGACAUCGUUCGAUUGGAACGAGGUUGAUCCAAAUUUGAUAGGUACAUCGAGUAUCGACACGACUUGUACGAUUUGGGGAUUAGAAACAGGUCAGGUACUCGGUCGAAUAAAUAUGGUCACGGGACACGUGAAAACGCAAUUGAUCGCGCACGACAAGGAAGUUUACGACAUCGCGUUCAGUCGAGCUGGGGGUGGACGCGACAUGUUUGCGUCGGUAGGCGCUGAUGGCUCGGUUCGAAUGUUCGAUCUCCGUCAUCUCGAGCAUUCCACCAUUAUUUACGAAGAUCCGCAACACACGCCGCUCCUUCGUUUGGCUUGGAACAAGCAAGAUCCUAAUUAUCUCGCUACUGUUGCGAUGGACGCGUGCGAAGUUAUAAUACUUGAUGUUCGAGUACCUUGCACGCCGGUCGCACGUUUGAACAACCAUCGCGCGAGCGUUAACGGCAUCGCUUGGGCACCGCACUCUUCUUGUCACAUUUGCACCGCUGGCGAUGACCAUCAAGCUCUCAUUUGGGAUAUUCAACAAAUGCCUCGCGCUAUUGAAGAUCCUAUUCUUGCUUACACCGCUGCCGAGGGUGAAGUCAAUCAGAUACAAUGGGGCGCCACUCAACCAGAUUGGAUCGCGAUCUGUUAUAACAAAGCCGCUGAAAUUUUACGAGUAUAACGGAAUUUCAAGGGAAUUUACCAUGCUGCUGCCACUGCUGUUUUUACUACUACUUUUAUCAUCGUGAUCGUUCGAGUGUUGGCGAAUAACGAGAAUUUGGUAAAGCAAAAUGCGAACGUGUGAAAUGGUGAUUUUUGUUUUGUCAAACAGCGGUGCAAAUUACGACAGACUGAUGGACUAUAAAUAAAUAUUAUUUAUACGAAAAUGAAACGUGACGAAACCGAUAAUUUUAACACAAGGACGAUCGUUAAAUUUGUACCGAUCUUGGAAAAAUUUUGCUUCCAAUCCCGUGUAUUGUGAGUGCGAAUGGAUGUGACUGAGAGCGUGCAUGGACGAAUGAUUGAUUGUUCCAUUCAUUUGAUAAUGAUGACAAAAAAGAAUCGAAUAAGUUUCGAAUGUAAAGUAACAAAAAUCCAUGAUGUUACUUUCGAUAAAAUCGCGUACGUCGUUAUUUGCUUUUCCGAUCGUACGAUGCAACGAUAUUUCAUAUUUUUUCAUAAAAAAUACAAUAAUACAUAACCGAGACUUCGAUCGUGAUUAUUGAGAAUAUUCCCAUUUGUUUUGUAUCUGAUAAACUAAACAGUUAAUGAAAAACGAGAUGAAUAAAUCUAGUGCGAUUAUUACUGUCAGUGAAAUGUACGAUUCUAGUGACGUAAUCGAUCAACGUGUGAAACAAUACCUAUAAAAAAACUAAUAAACGUCGAUAUGAAAAUGAUUUUUCAUUGAUUCGAGGAAAUAAGAAAAUAUAAUUGGAACAAAAUGAAUCUGUUCGUUGAAUAAUUUGUAAAUAUGUUUAUAUCGAUGGUGUGCGAGGAAAAAAUACCGAAUUCAGACGAUAAAUUAUGAGGAGGAGAAGGAUAAAUUAAAAGUUGUGAUUGUCGCCACCGAUAUUUCGGAUAUACAUAUAUAUAUAUAUAUAUUAGUGCAAUGAAAUACGAGAAGACAAUUCAGUAAUGAUAAAUAAACAGUGUGUUGAAAAUACAAAUCCAUACCAUUGUAGUAUUCUAUAAUUUUAUAUUUGUACGUGUAACAGUAAUUACGAUUAAUCAUGACGUCGUAAACGCGUAAGAAAAUUAUAUAAUCUUUGCCAAUAUUUAUUGCGAAGGAAAUAAAAUGUUGGAAGAUGCUCGAAAAUCCCGAAAUAUGGUCAUUGCGUUGAGAUAAUUUAUUUGCGAAGGAAUAGAGUUUUUUACAAGGUACAUGAAAAUAAAACAAAUGUGAAAUAAUGGAAA